UAGAAGAUUAAUACAGGCUGCUUUAUAGGCAGUCUAUAGUUUUAUUUAGUUAUUCUUUUAUAAAACUCGGUCAAUUCUAUAUAGAACGGUAAGGUAGUCUAUAAGUCUACAGGCAGUCUGCCCUAUAGACUGUCUUAAUUCAUUUUCACAAGGCACGGCCCUACCUUUAUCACAGACACCGAGGCCGCAUUCUUUGCCACAUUGAGUAACACGCGCUCGCCCAUAAAAACUCAGUUAUAGGAGACGAUUGAGACGCGGGCAAUUAGCAGGGCAAUUUACAGAAAAAAUAAAAAAAAAGUCGAAACAACGCAACCCGUCAUCUGCCGCAGCGCUUCCUUCCCGUGCCCGCGAUCCACCACCAGUGAGGCGCGAGAGACGUGUAACAGCUGCGGAAAAACACGCGCACACACAAAAGGGGGAAAGAAAAGAACGCGUUGUUAAAGCCCCCAAUCACUCGCGAGGCUGCUGAAGAAGGGAAUGCGGGCAGCAGCAGCAAGCAGCGGGCGUGUGACAUUACAAUUGAGUCGCCAAACGGAGCACCUUCGCCUCUCCUUUGUGACGCUGAGUCGACCCCUCGGUCCUUCCAUUUUCCUUUACCCUCUCUUUCUGGCAUUCUGCGUCCGCGGGCUAUUUAAUUUAUUGUGGUUACACGAGGCUCGUUACGCUCGUCCUUCAUCAUUUCGUCGUUUUCUCGCAUUUCUCUUGAAAUGGCAACAUAUCUUCUUCGCUGUGCGUGUGUGUCAUUCUGUCUGUAAAUUUCUUUUUUUUGCUUUCACCUCUCCUCUCCCUCUCGCUUCUUCCGCCUUUCUCGCCGCGCCCUUCAAACGCCCCCGGCGCGGCGGCGACUCCGCGCGCAGCUUCGUCGUGAGGGUGUGAUGAACGGAACACCUGUUGCCGGCACUCCCGCGGUUAGCGCUCCGAACGCUCGCGAACGCACAGACGCACGCACUCACACACGGCAGCAGCGGCGAUGCGAGAGCAAAACAUUCCUCUUUCGGCCAGCGACGCGAGCGCAGCAGGGUUGAAAAGCGCAGCAGCAGCAGCAGCAGCCGGAGCUCGCGGUGCCGUUACGGAUCAUCGCCGGCGCGCUGCCCGAAGCACAGCCGUGGCCGCCGACUGCGACGUCGCUCUCCGUGGAGUCGCGACGUGAGACGUCGACGUAGCCGCCCGUGUGAGAACGCCGGUGUGCCUCCUCCUCUGCGUUUUCUUCGUACGAGGGGUUGGUUGACUCACGGAUAUCUUACGUGAAAGCGCGAGGACGUCGAUGGGGAUUUCCUUCCACUCUUACCGUGUUGUGCGCGCGGCGGUGACCUUCGAGCGAGGCGCCGCGAAGAAGUGCAUCGGAACCUUGUGAGCAGGCAUACUGCGCCGUGGUGAAGCGUGUUUCGCGUGUCUGACUCUUCAGAAUGUCGACUGAAAUUUGCCAACGUCUAUGUAGUACUUCGACUCAUUUCCGUUCUUAGGGGCAGCGACCAAUGGGACAGCGCCGAGACACUGGAAUAACUUACGAAGGAUUCAGCGAUGCGUGAAUCGAGUCGUGCGUACUUAUCUGUGCAGCUUUAAGCACAAUUUCAUGGUCAUAAAGGAAGCCGGCGCGAAUCAUCUGGAAGAAUCGUGCGUUCUCUAUAAAAACGAUAAGCUCGGCAAAUAAAUUCCUUUCCUUAGUCAUCAUAGAUCGGAUCAGUGUAAGAAGGACUGUGACUAGCCGGGAAACCAAGUUUUCUUUUAAUUAUUGGACAGCUUCUGCAGCCGAUUGCUGCGGCAGAUUGCACGCGUUUUCUUCAUAUUCGUGGCACAUGAGUGAACUUGAAACGCGUUUUAACUUUCGCUGACAGCUAGAGUGAAUGUUGCAUUGCCUCUCUGCCUUUUUCGAGAGGAAACCGGAUUAUCAACCACGAAGACUGUGCGUGUGUGUCAUCGUGGGUGGCGAUAAGACAUCGGCUCUUCGGUAUCUGUGAUGUCACCACGAUGCAUGUGCCAAUUUCCCCAGCCUACGUUUUCGGGCCCGUGACCCCCACGAGUGCGCGGUCUUCAAACGCUGUUACACUGGCCGAAAGGGCGGUUCUAGGCUCGUUCCGACGCAUCUUGUCUGGCAAAGAAGACGAAGGCGCAAGUGCGAGCUCGCGUCGGGUGUAGUAGCAUUCGCGUGCCCAAGCUCGCGCUCUUGUGAACGGCUGCGAAGCUUCGAGAACGCUUCUAUUUCCCGUUGCCAAGCGCGACCUGGUUGGGACCUGCGAGCCUGUCCAGAACUGUGACUUUGCUAUCUGCUCUCGCUCGCAUUCGCUUAGCUCUGUGUUUUCCUCGCAAAGUUCCUUCACCUGACAACUGGACAUUGUUUUUCUGGUGCUGCGUCGUCCCGGGAGCAGACGUCGGCGCUGAACUGUUUGUCGUUCUUCGGUCAAGGAUAAAAAAAAAGGGGGCACAAAAGCUCUAAGGCGACGCGUCUCUUGCAAAUGAGACAGCUGGACUUCUCAAGCCGGCAGCGACCAAAUAAAGUAGGAGAAACACUCGGCAGUGGAGCCCACCGGUGUGGUUUUCCUCGCACUUUGCAACGUCAGCGUUUUCCGCUUCUUGGCAAGGACUAAGAUGAAUCCAGUAGCGUUCCAUCGCCAUUAGGCACCCGCACUAUCACUCGGAAGAGCCGUUAAUUUCAAGCCUCGCAUUCCGGUUUGCGGGAACAGUUCCUGCGUGAGAUACCGGUCCACGAUUAACGUAACGACUGUCGUUUACCCGCUUCGAGAAGAAACGUCCUUAAGCUGAGCUGGAAGCUGCGGGAGGGUUCGCCUUGUUCUCAACCUCUGAACACAGCGUCAGUCAACUCUCUACCUUGAGCAUUACGCACAGUCUUCAAGCUGCCCAGAAACGGCCUAGCCAACGGCCUCUCUCGCGGCUCGGUGGAGGCUAAGUUGGCGCUCAGCACGAAGAAACCGGUACAAUGCGAACCGGCCCACGGGUCCGAGGCCGCAACGGCCCGCGGUGGCGCCAAGAAGAUGCACUGCUCGAACGAAGCCGUCGAGGACACCAACAAGGGUAGCGGUGUCUCGCACUCGCCGAAGCACGUCGAGGUGUGUUCGGCACUGCCUCCCCAAGUAGAGGUCAAGAGGACCAGCGACGACGAAGAAGCGUACAAGAGCGAGGAGUUGUCGGACAUCAUCAACUUCCUGAUUGAGACCGAUCCCAGGAGAAGCCGCGAGAGCCGUGGAGUUCUCGACGCAUCGUCCGACGACACCGAGCGAUCUUUCUCACCGCCUGUACCUCCUUGUGCGCAAAAGCCGGACGGCGUUUGCCCUUCGCCACCGAACGUCAAGAGAGCCCGAGAAGACGUCGCCAAUUCUCCGCCGCCGCCGAGCUCCACAGCAAGUGCUGCAACUUCGCCGCUCCGCAUCGUCCUACCGGCGCCCGACAUAUACGGCUUCAACUACCAGCCUGACUACGCCUUCCGCAGUGUUGCGAGCACCCCUAGUCAAGCAAAGAGAACGCUGGCGGAUGCCAAGUGUGACUCCGAAGCCUCAGUGCGCCUAGUGGGGACAACGCAGGACGCAGAAAUGAGCAAACCGGGUGGCUCCGAUGAAACCGGUGACAUUCCGGUGAACGGGAGCGACUCGCGUUGUGUUGAGGCCGACGAUAAGUGCCAAGUGCCAAGCGCGACCGAAGCUGAAAUUCAUGAAAAGACAACCGUUGCCUCGUCUCCCGUAAAAAACGACGUCGCCGAAAAGGACGAUAUCGAUAACAAAGGGUGCGCCCAACGUGACAGCUUAAUAGCAAAGCCGGAUGGUGAUAUCUGCCAAGACGACACGGCCGAUAGCCGCUCCAUUCCCGACUCUGCUGUCGCCCUCGGUAGGCCAGUGGCGAGUGUGAAUUGUGAUGACGGGCGCGCCGCCGAUAACGGCGGGGCUGCUCUAGACUUGCUCGCUUAUCCGGACGCAAGGCCGCGUUGUGUGGAGGAAGAUAGUCGCGUCGGCCACAACGGCAGUCCUAACGACGGCGACACCGACCGCGGCAGCUGCGCUCCGGAAGAGCGCGAACUGCGCACUCCGGCUAAGCCGGCAACCUGGCCACCUCCAGACGCUUGUUCCGAAUCGGAUGCGAGCGAAGCGCGACAAGGGGAGCUCGAAGACGUCAAGAAAAGACCACCGGCAUCACUCCCAGCGAGGGCCUGUGACGGCGACGUCAGCGGUGACGUGGUUUCAACAGCUCAAGAGUGUUCUGGCGUGGCGUUGCCCGAUGACCACAAGACGGCAUGCAACAGUGACAGCGACGCCGAGUCUGACAGUACGGAAGCCCUGCAGUGGUCUCCUGGCCGUGCAUCGCGCUCCAAUAGCGCGGAGUACUCGCGAGAGGGGGGCGCUACAACUGUAGACGGCGUCGCCGAUGAGGCGUCCGAAAACGUGGUCGCGUCCGCAGCGGGUCCAAGCAACCGUCCAGUCACCCAAAUCAAGGAAGAGGACACAUCUCCACUGCUGAAUGGCACCGACGAUCUCGAAUGCAGUGAUAAAACCGUGAAGUCUAUCGCUUCAGCAUGCACCCGUAGUCUCGCUCCUUCUGACCGUGGCCUAGACAAUCUCAUCAGCGUCUUCACUACCGUCGAAGAGGGCAAGAUCGUCAGCGUCGACUGCAAGAAGUUCCGCAAGAGGGGCCGCCCUCUGGGAGCCAAGAAGAAGAACGCACUGAAGCGAGCACGAAUGGCUGCCAUGGAGAUGGCAUUGCAGAACGACGACGUCGACUUCACGGUCAAGCAAUUGCUGCAUGACAUGGUCGACAGAAUCGCGAUGACUGGCGGCGAAAUACCGUCCAAGCUGUCCGAGGCCAACUUAAAGGACGUAAUCAGCAGCUUCUGCGAGUCCAACGGCUUCAGUCGCCAAGAUUUUGCCGGUGAAAACGACGAGAUCUGUUUCGGCAGCGUACUCCGCGACGAGCACCCUGACGCGACCGGAGACGCAGCCAAGAGACGACGCCGCGGGAGUUCGGAUCACGGUUCGUCCUCUGAACAGAUUUCGCAAACUCCGAGACCCAGAGGCAGCGGUAAACGUUACAAGAAGAAGCGCGAGACCGUGCCCACUAAGCGGAUGCUCACCAGGAGUCAGUGGCGGCGCUCCUGCUACCAGAAGGAGCAGCAGCAGGACGGAGCCGCCACCGACCAUCCGGACAACGGGCUGCUCGUGCUGCGGGACGGGGCGCAGUCGCUUCCCGACGCCAAGCGUCGGCGCCGGUCCGUUGACCUCGCCUCGGACUUGGACAGCUCCAACACGGAGUCGACCGCGGACGGUCUGAGCUCGGCUUGGGGUGCUUCUCAGGAGAUGGACCUGUCCUUGACUGCCGACGAGGCGGCCUCGUGCGGUGCCGGUGACGAACUUCGAGCUGCUCCCGGUGCCAGUGAUGGCGUGAAAUGUGAUGGUGAUGCGCGCGUGCUAGUCGCGGAAGGUUGUUCCUCCGCACCGGUCAAUUCCAGUAUUUAUUUAUCAUCCUCCGAACCUCCCAAACUUGGCUACAUGGAGCUGAGCGUGACGACGGCGCCCCGCGAACUUAGCCCCCUAGCGAGUGCGCGAUCAGUAGCCGGUGGUGGUGAUCGUGAAAACGCGCCUCGCGAUGUCCAGGAGGCGGACGCCCGCGGUCGAGGUCAUUCGCAUGGACGACAAAAGCAGCAGCCGCCGCCUCAAUAUGGCCUCGUUAGUGAACACGCUAGUGUUGGUGUGGACGACGAGAACGACGAUGACGGUGAGUCGCAAUUGGUGAUCUGUGAUACGGACGAUUCGAGCCACGACGCGCCGCCGUCCGCCGCCUCCGGUGCGCGAGGCGACAGCGCCGCGGACACGGUGCGCGCCACGUUGCACAAGAGUGAGGUGGACGCUCAUUCCAGUGUGCGCGCGUCGCGUCAGCGGCGGUCGCCCCCUCGUCGCCUGCGCGGUGCUUCUCCAGCUGCGAACCCGGCGCGGCAGCGCCUCGGCGGCGGUGGUGGUGCAGUGUGUGAAUCGGAAAAGGCGGCCACCGACGCGGGUGUCGUGUGUCUCGACGACGAAGAGGGAGACAACAUCGGGACACCGGAGGCUAGCGUCGUCGCUGCUGCAGGUGUCACCGUGCAAGGCUCGUCUCGAGAUCUUCUCAGAUCGCCGCCGUCAGCUCUCAGCAGCGUCCGAGGCUCCCCAGCAGCGCCCAGCGCUUCCGACGGACCCGGCGCCAGUGAGAGCGUCCCGACGACCACGUCUCCUCCAAGCGCUGCUCACCGGAGGACGACCCCCUCGUCUGGCCACUAUGCGGUGGGGCCGUCGUCAUCGUUGUUGUACCAGUGGCCAGCGUCGUUGCCCACGUCGCCUUCCAGGGCCGAGUCUCCGGACAUCAUCGUGGUCAAGGAAGAGCCCAACGACCUGUCUGUCUCCGGUCGGAUGGCGAACUUCGUCCCGCCGCUGCCGGGCUUGGAACCGCUCGAUUUGUCACUGAAAGAGCAAUCGUUUCGAGCGAAAGCCGACAUUCCUGUGGGCAAGGUGCAACCACAAAUGGCCACCACUAGUCAGUCCGCAUCAGAGGAGCCACUGGCCAACUCUCCCAUCAACUACUCAGCAUCCUCUCGACACGUCCCGGCACCGCACGCUGAAGAAGACACUCGCUCCAAGGAACGCGAUAGGCGCGGAGCCCACGGCUCUGACAGUAAUUCGAGCAGCGGAUCCCCGGGGGGCGCGGGAACCGCUGGCACCUCUGAGCCGGCCUCGGAUUCUAUUCUGCAGCGUCUGCUGCUCGACCCUAGUCGAAAACCAAAGGAAAGCGAUUCGAGCGCCGCCUCAUCUCCCGUCCAGGUCACUCUUGAGACGCGCAACGCUCGCGGCUCGGCCGAACCGACCAAAGACUCUGCCAAACGAGGACGCGACACCGACAUCGUGAACGAAGCGAAGUCUCUCCUGAACGCUCGCCUCACGGCGAGGCACCAGGAACAGCAGCUGCAACAACAGCAGCAACAGCAGCAGCAUCAGCAACAACAGCCACCGUUGGGAAAGGCGUCCAACAUGGCUUCCGUGCCACCCAUGAGCUUUCCAGAGAACAAGCUGGGCAUGAGUACGCUUGAGUCCAAGAUCGUGGAGCUUAAGAAGCAGAUCCACCAUCUCACCAUCUUGGCCACGUACAAGGAGAAAGAGCUCGCUUGCAUUAGUACCCUGCGAACGGCCAAGGAAGAUGCGCUAAAGCAGCUUGAGAGCAAGUACCCCGGAAUCUGCUCCGUCAUUCGAGCGUUCGGUCCCGACUCCGGCUCUGGCGAAUCCAGUGACAGUCCGGGCUUCACGGACGUCCCGAGCAUAGUGGCCCAGGCGGCCACCGCUACCGCGGACCUCACGUCGCUGGGCGCUGGCUUGGCGUCUGAGACCGAUCCUCCGCUCCAGAAGAAGCCUGCCGUGCAAGCGCAGCAGCAGGCGCAGCAUUCUCCUGCUUUGCCCAUCCCUCUCCUUGCCGGGACACCGGCACCACACCGGCUACGUGCAAACUCUGGGUCCGAGCGCGACUCUCCCGGCCGAGGCCUCAUGUCCUACGACAGAGCCAGCACCGCUGCUGCGGCCCCUCCUCCUACAUCGUCUACGGCGCGCUCCUCUGUGUCACCUCGCGGCGGUGACAACAGGCAGCCGAGGCCCCUGCCAUCGAUAGCGCCUUCCAAGUCAGCCUUCAGCGUCCCAUCGGCGUUGUCGGCGUCGUCAUCCUCCUCUUCUGCUGUUGCCGCUGCCGCUGCGGCUGCUGCGUCGAGCCAGAGGCAGCCCAGGCUGCUGCUUCCCAAAGGACCAAUGCCACCGGCGACUCCAGCUGCCGCUGUUCCGGUCGCUCAAACGUCCACGUCACGAGGGGUGAACAGCGGAACCAUGGCUUCGUCAUCCGCAGCCGCGGCAGGUGUGUCCAACUGGUGGAACGCACCAAACGGCGCACCACUUUCCUUGACCGCCGGACUACCCCACCACCUGCAGCGCGAUGCCCUGCGGGAGUAUGCUUCGUCCUCUUCCACUGCGGCCCUUCUAAAGGCCGCCUCUGUGCCCAGUUCCCUGGCCAAGCAGCACAACAGCGCUGCUGGAAGCACGCCAUCUCUGUCGAGGUCCGAGGCACUGGCUGGCAUGGCCAGUGACCCGUCAGCCCGUACCUCCCAUCACCAGCGACUCGUGGAAGCAGCGGCAGCGAGAACGGAGGACUCCAGGGGUGUGGCAGCUGAGCUGGCCCGUCAGCAGGAGGAGUUCAACCUGGCCCUCAGCUCCAGUGGCUCACUAGCUGGCGUUAACGCGGCGGCAGUGGCGGCGGCUGCCGCGGCUGCCGGUGCGUACCCACUGGGUCGCGCUGGUCUGUCUGCGGCAGCCAGCAUGUACAAUCAGGCCAUGGCGUACAGCCUGUACCAGCAGCUUCGCGUCAACAAGGAAGCCGCGCUAGCGCAGGCCGAGGCGUCCGCGCUCCUUGAGAAGAUGAAGCAGCAGAGUAUGCCUAGUCAGCAGCAACAGCAGCAACAUCAACAGCAGCAACAGCAGCUCUACCAGAAGGCGCUGCUAGAGCAAGCUACCAAAAACAGGCCCACUGCCUGGGAGCACAUCAGUCACCUACUGCAGAAGGAGAAUCCGGUCAGCAUGCAGGCAGGCCUGCCUUCCGAGCUGCUCUCGCUGCAACCAAAGCUAUCGGCGCCCGAGAUGUCCUGGCUCCAAGCAGGGCUGGCCUGCGUCAACUGCGGAGAUCCGCGCGUCAAGUUCGUCUGCAGCUGCUGCAGGACGCAGACCUUCUGCAGCGAGCAGUGCCAGGCAAAACUGUGGAGCAAGUUGAAGACACAAGCACCGACGAAGAAUUGAAGGGUUCACCAGACGAGAGGGGCUUUCCUUGAGCUUAAUUAUUACCAUUAUGUUUUUUCGUUAGUUUUUUUUUCCUCAUGUUUCUUUGUGACUCGGGGAAGUUUUUUCUCGGCAACGCGUGUCGCUCAUCUUUUUCAUUUUGAUGGACGAGCUCAUUUUGUAUGAUACUACAUUUUUGGCACCUCUCUCGGUGGGCUUAUUUUGUCUCUCUCCCUUUUUCUCCAAAUUUCCUAAUAAAGUUAAGUUUUCGCAGCAUGGGCUGCUGUA